AUCGCUUCCGUCGUUCAAGACCCUCUCUGUAUAUGAACAUCCGAAAACCCUCUUCUCUCUCCUCCUCCGCCCUCUCUCCGAGGUCCACCUGCCUCCGCCGCUGAAACCGUAGAGCCGCCGCGAACGGAGGAGAGAGAGAGAGAACGAAGACGAAGCCUACGCUCUUCCUUGCCUCGCUUCCUCCGCGAACCUUCCCGACCGAUCCGAACCAAGAAGCUCAGGGUGUGAUUGCUGUCUGGAGGUCGAACAGUAAUGGCGGCGGCGACGAGGGCGGCGCAACGACCAGUCUCUGCUCAAGUUGUCGGCGAUGCGUUUGUUCAACAAUACUACAGCAUACAGCACCAGUCGCCGGGGCUCGUCUAUCGAUUUUAUCAGGACAUAAGCAAGCUUGGUCGUCCUGAAGGCGAUGGGACUAUGAGCAUAACUACAACCAUGCAGGCCAUCAAUGAGAAGAUACUGUCACUUAACUAUGGUGACUACAGGACUGAGAUAAAAUCUGUGGAUGCACAAGAAUCUUAUAAUGGGGGAGUCCAAGUCCUUGUAACUGGGUUUUUGGCCGGAAUGGAUAACAAUACUCGACAUUUCACUCAAACUUUCUUCCUUGCGCCACAAGAAAAAGGUUUCUUUGUUUUGAAUGACAUAUUUCGAUAUGUGGAGGAUAUUGAAAACCAUAAUGGUAGCCAAAGUACAGCUAAUGAAGUGGAGGCUCCUCUCACUCCUGACCAGGAAAAUUUCUUGCUCCUGUCCAGGAGAAUCAUGUUUCUGAGGAUACAAUGGUUCCCAUAGAGGUUAAUGGGGAAGAAGCAUUCAAUCCCCCUGAAAAUGGAGAAGUGUCUGUUGUGGCAGAAGAGAUGCCAGUGCCUGAGGUUUUUGAUGAAGUGCUUAAUUAGAAGAUAAUUUCCCUUAAUUAGAGUACACUUUCUGUCUUGUUCUGUUAUUCGUUCCUCUGACCUUUGGAUAGUUAUUUGGAUAGUUAUUGGUUCCUCUGUCUUGUUCUGUUGCAUAGGAAACUGUUAAAUUGCUCUAGGGCAAUCUUAUCUACUGAUCCAACCUUCUGAGCUUGAGCCUUCCUCUUGACAGGGGAUUGGGCACAAUAUUGAAGAUCCUUUAAAAGCUCGCAUUCAGGGGACUAAUAUGGCGAGGCAACGAGGGCUUUUAUGACACAAUCAAUAAUUCUAUUAAUUUUCAAUUAGCUCUUGCUCUAGUUUCUUUAGGGGUGUUAUUAUUUGGUAGCUCAACAUGUACGCUUUUAUGUGCUUACAAAUUCAAAGAACAAGACUUUGUUACUAAAGUUACAUUAUAUUCAUCAAAAAUACAUGGAUGACACUGUAUUAAUUUCUCUGUAGGUUCCCUCGUGUACGUUUAAGUUAUGUAUCUUUGUUGUUUGGACUUUGUAAAAUGUUGAAAACUCAUAGGUGAUGUACACAGUUACACUUUCACUACAGUAUAAACAAAGUCAUUUGGCAAUAUUAAUGGUUGCUAUUCAUGGUAUUUUUGCAAUACAGUGGGACUUGGAUAAAUAUUAAUGUGACUUAAACUUUGGUUGCUUUAUAAUCAUGCUCCAACAGACCAAUGUAAACAUGAGAACCCAUGAGACAUAGAUGAACUUUUUGGGCAAACACUUGAUGCUUGUGCAUGUCUGUAGGCUGUGAGUCAUUUUCAGCCUCAUAUCUAAAUAGAGAGUUUAGACCAAUGUAAACAUGAGAACCCAUGAGACAUAGAUGAACAUUUUGGGUAAACACUUGAUGCUUGUGCAUGUCUGUAGGCUGUGAGUCAUUUUCAGCCACAUAUCUAAAUAGAGAGUUUACCCGUCAUAUGACAUGAAAUGUUUUGACUUUUGAGUAUGUUAUGAAUGUCUCUACACUUGUACGGUGUUGCAUAUAAUGUGUAAUCUUUUGAUAAUUAAAAUUAGUCACUCAAAACUUUGCAUUGCGUGCAAGUCAUGUUUGAUGACGGUGUCAGGACCCUAGGAUGUAUAAUAGCUUACAAUAGAGUUGAGUGUAGUAGAUUAUCCCUCAGGAGGAGUUAAUUCUGUUAAGUUGUUAGUGGUAGUUAUUUUGCUUCUUGUAUUUUCUGUUAACCUAUUGAAGUAGCUAUAUAAAGCUGCUAGGGCUGUUGUAGAUGCAUUAUCCAGAAAUAUAUCAAUUGAAUCUUCUGAUUUCCUCUCUUCCAAACUCUCUCUCCCUCCCUCUCAGAUCUGUCUGUUUCUCUCCCUCAGCUUCUCCUCCUCUCUUUCUUCCUCCCGAUUCUCCCUCUUGAUCUCCCUGUUUCUUCCACCUCCUUCUGUUUCCCUCUCUCUUUCUCUAAUUCUGCUAAUUCCUCCUAAAACCUUCCCUAAUUCUCUGCUGAAACCCUAGGCGAACUUAGGACCCUGACAGACUGUUGUGGUUUUUCUUGUGGUUACUAAGAUUAUUGCUUUAUAUACAAAUGGCAGAAAGACAAUGCUCAGAGUGCGGAACCAACCCCUGCACUGCCGAAGGAGCCCAGAUUCAGAUGCCCGUUAUGCAUGUGCCCAUUGGUCGAGG